UGAAUGUCCUAGAGGGCGUGUACGGGUAUGAUUCACAGUGGCAUCUGGAUGGAUGGCCCUUUCAAAGUCUGACGAGGAUGACGGUUGAAGCGGAAGCGGCCAGCCGUCUUGGUGGGCGGUUGCGGAAAUGGGCCCCGGAAUUCGGCUGGCCUACUGGAUGGCCUCCCUUCCGAUGUGGUGCCCAUUCCCGGAAAUGGAAGCGCUAUGUACGCAUUGGCGUGUAUCAUAUCUAUUCGAAACUGUUAUUCUGUUAGAACGCGACUGGUAUUCUAUUAGAAGAUGUGGCUCAACGCGCCAGCCAAGCCCACCACCCACUACAAACUUCACCUCAGGCCACCUUGCAGGCGGUCAACGUCGAUCCCAAACACCGAUUUUUCCUUACAGUAUUCAGCAAUUGAUGGAAUCUAUCACAAUUGACCGAAGCUAUCGAUGUUCAAUUGAGUUCCAUACAAAUUCUACAGCUACGCCAUCGCCGGCUUCGCGAUGGCUAUAUACAGCGGAAUCCAGUCGGGUUGAAGCCGCUAACCGGAUGUUGACCUUUUUUCAGGGUUAGGGUUGCUUACAUCAGCUUCGUCGAGACGCACGUCGAAACGCACGUCAAAACGCACGCAUUUGAAUUCUAUUGCAGAUUUGAGCUUUUCAGCCCUCGAAAGGGCCAGGAAGCCAGAGGGCCAGAGGCACUGUUACGUAACCCAGAUUCGACAUUGUAUGGAAAU